AUGACGACUCUUGAUGACAAAAGUCUUUGGAACCAAGCCGAGGAUGGGCUUGAAGAUCUUGGGCAAGAAAUCUUAAAGUCUAGUACCGAUGAUAUUAUCAAUCGCACGCGCUUGCUCGAGAAUGAAAUUAAGGUGAUGAAAUCGGAGCAUAUGAGAUUGAUACAUGAACAGAAUAGUAUGAAAGAAAAGAUAAAGGACAAUAGAGAAAAAAUAAAAGUCAACAAACAAUUACCAUAUCUUGUGGGGAAUGUUGUUGAGUUACUCGACAUGGAUCCAAAUGAUGAACCGGAAGAAGAUGGUGCCAACAUCGACCUUGAUGCGCACCGAAAAGGAAAAUGCGCAGUAAUUAAGACAUCUACGCGACAGACAAUUUUUUUACCUUUAAUUGGACUUGUUGAUCCAGCUACUUUAAAACCAGGAGACUUAAUCGGCGUAAACAAGGAUAGUUAUUUAGUCUUGGAUACGUUACCUGCUGAAUACGAUUCUCGUGUUAAGGCUAUGGAAGUUGAUGAAAAACCAACUGAAGAUUAUACUGACAUUGGAGGUUUAGAUAAGCAGAUCGAAGAAUUGGUAGAGGCUAUCGUGCUUCCUAUGACACAUGCUGAUAGAUUCAAGAAUUUAGGUAUCAAACCACCGAAAGGUGUUUUAAUGUAUGGACCACCUGGCACGGGUAAAACAUUGUUGGCAAGGGCUUGUGCCGCUCAGACCAAUUCUACAUAUUUAAAAUUAGCAGGCCCGCAACUUGUUCAGAUGUUUAUCGGUGAUGGAGCCAAACUUGUGCGUGACGCGUUUAACUUGGCAAAAGAAAAAGCGCCUUCCAUUAUUUUCAUAGAUGAAUUGGACGCUAUAGGAACUAAGCGUUUUGAUAGUGAAAAAAGUGGUGAUCGAGAGGUACAACGAACAAUGUUAGAAUUAUUGAAUCAACUUGAUGGAUUCAGCAGUGAUGAAAGAAUCAAGGUGAUUGCUGCUACAAAUCGUAUUGACAUUUUGGAUCCAGCACUCCUGCGAUCUGGACGUCUUGAUAGAAAGAUAGAGUUUCCGCUUCCAAAUGAAGAGGCGCGUGCACGUAUCCUUCAGAUUCAUUCACGCAAAAUGACCGUUGGUGCUGACGUCAAUUAUGACGAAUUAGCUCGUUGUUGUGAUGAAUUCAACGGUGCUCAAUGUAAAGCUGUUUGCGUUGAGGCAGGCAUGUUAGCUUUAAGGAGAAAUGCAACUGAAUUGAAUCAUGAAGAUUUUAUGGACGUUAUGCCUCAUCACAAUUCCCUUGAGAUGUCAGCACCCCCAACUAAGGCGAAUUUGAAGGCAUGGUGGAAGCAAUUCGCAGCAAGGAAUGCGAAAAGAGAAGGAGAAAGGAAGGGGAAAGGUUCUCGUGGAAUUUUUGGCGUUGAUCUCGCCGAAGGAAUAGAAUAUGCUAGAGUACCAAUAUGUAUGGCAGGGCCAGACGGGAAACAAUAUAUAUACGGGUAUAUACCGACAAUAGUCGCAAAAUGCGGAAUGUUUUUAAAAGAACAAGGAUUUGGAAAUAAAAAUCCUAAAAACCAUGCCGGGGUAGAUACUUUUGCGACAACAACUGAAGGCAUAUUCCGAUUAAGUGGAUCAGCCAAAAGGAUAAAAGAAUUGCAAACGAUUUUUGAUUCUCCACCGGUUUAUGGAAAGACUUUAACCUGGGUUGGCUAUUCUGUACAUGAUGCUGCAAAUGUACUACGAAGGUAUCUAAACCAUUUACCAGAUAAAGUUAUUCCACUUGUUUGGUAUGACAAGUUUCGAGCAGUACAUGUUAGCUAUAAGGAUGCAGGCGCCCUCGUGGAAAACUACCAAAGGUUGAUCCAAUCACUUCCUAAAGAAAACCAGCAUUUACUCCUUUACAUUCUCGAUUUACUUGCAGUUUUUUCAUCUAAAUCUUCCCAAAACUUGAUGCCAUCAAAGAAUUUAGCUUCUAUUUUUCAACCCGGCAUUCUAUCUCAUCCAGAUCACGAUAUGGAUCCUGAACAAUAUAAAUUAUCACAAGAAGUUGUGGAGUUUCUAAUUGAUUAUCAAAAUUAUUUUUUGAUGUCUUUACCAAAUCCUGAUCAUGAUAUCCCUGUAAUUGAGCCUAUUAGGACUCGAAAUAUUGAUCCGGACACUGAUACAAUGUCACUUAUGGAGCCAUACGACCUUAAUAAUGUACCCAUUACACAAUUACCAUUACGAAGAUCUAGUUUAAGCCUUGAACCUUCAAGCGAUAAUGAUAUAUCAUUGCCGCAACGACGACCAUCAUAUGAUUCUAGAAUAUUAAGUCGUCCUGGAUCUACAAUUCUAGGAAGGAGCAAAACAUUGCCCAAUAAAAGAUCUACGUACAGGGACAGUCAAAACUUAGGGGUUGCGGAAGGAGAAACCAUUGAAGAUCCCAACGAUUUAGCAUUUGGUUCUCGAUCUACACGGUUCGAACGAGGUCUAGCAUCGAGGAAGGAAUCAAAGUUAAAAACAAACUCAAGAAAAUCAGCAUCAUCACCUAUUAACAAAUCAUUUUGGUCAUCAUCGACUGAUCAAAUUGAACGGUUUGAGGAUGAUUUAUCAAUAAAUUCUUCAAUAUCAACGAGAAAACAAACCCACAAUGAAAAAAAGAAUAAUGUCGAGAAAAAUUCAAAGAAAAGAUGGUAUUCUAAUUUAAUCAAGACUUAA